CAUUCGAUUAUAAUUCAAAAUCAUUUCAGAUUCGGACGAAGAAAAACUUUAAUAUUUUGUGUUAUACUACAAGCAUUUACGGGGCUUAUGGUGUCGUUUGUUCCUGAGUACUGGAGUUUCACCAUAAUUAGAAUGAUACUGGGUUUCGCUGUCGGUGGUAUACUGAUUGUGGGAUUCGUCAUGGUAAUGGAAUACGUUGGACACGAGUACAGAGACGUAGUGUCAGCUCUCUAUCAUAUUCCUUUUACCACAGGUCACAUUUUAUUAGCACUUUUUGGAUACCUAAUAAGAGAUUAUGUGUAUUUUCAAGUGGGGAUAUCUUUGUCAUCUAUUAUUUUGUUAACGUACAUUUGUAUUCUGCCUGAAUCACCGCGCUGGUUGCUGGCGGUAAACCGAACGACCGAGGCCGUCCAAUUGAUGGAACGAAUCGCUAAAAUAAACAACUUACCAGUGGAGCAUAUCGAACGCGCAGUGGACCUUUAUCAAUUAGAACAUAAAAACCAUUCCAAAAGUUACGUUUGGGAUUUGUUCCGGACGCCGAACAUGAGGAAGAAUAUGCUGGUGAUGUCGUUCCUGUGGCUGGUGUGCAGUUACUACUUCUAUGGAGUGUCGUAUUAUAUCUGCCACCUGACGGGAGACCUGUACAUUAACGUGGCGGCCACCGGCACCGUCUGCGUCUGCUCCUGUCUCAUAGCUAUCCCACUCAUGAAGGUCUUGAAACGAAAGACAGUUUUAGUAAUGUCCUACAGCGCAUGUAGUCUAUGUUUGCUAACGAUCGCCGCUGUUCCUGAAGGCAAGGGUUCCAUUGUUCUCGGCUGCUUCGGACUGCUGUCCAGUUUCCUCAUAUUCGUCGUUUCGUACUUGUAUUGUUCAGAAAUGUUCCCGACUGUAGUUCGCAAUGGUGCAAUGGGUAUUGCUUCGACGAUGGCUCGACUGGGAGCAAUGAUAGCACCGUUCGUGGCUACGUUGAGACCUUAUGGACAAUGGUGUGCUCCAGUGGCAUUUGGAAUGUUUCCUCUACUCGCCGCUUUGUUAUGCUUUUGGCUACCCGAAACGAAGGGAAGAGGCCUAAUGAUGACUUUAGAAGAGGGUGAAAAUUUUGGUAAAAAGAAACCAGAACCACGAAACGAAACAGCUGGCAUUUCGGGUGAUAUAACUUAA